CGGUGUGGUGCGCACCGCUACCAAGAGCCCCCGCGUUGUCGUCUCGCUCCCGCGUGCACUGCGUUAUGAAGUGAGGCCGGGCAGAGAAAUCGACGAAAUGAGAAUAGUACGAAGAUCUUCCGUGGUUUCCUGUUGCGCUCUUUUGUAUAACUUGUCCGCCUUGGAUUUCCAGUUCUUACAUUCCCUAGACGCGUUCACGUAACUUUCUCGAGGACAAUGCAAGAGUUUCUUUUUUGGAUAUUUUCAUUAUAAAAAUAAAACUGGACAGGCGAUCAGUAGGCAACCCCUUGAUUAUAACGUCAUCAAGGAACCGGAACCGGAAGUGACGGAGUACUCUUUGACAAAGCUACAGGCAAAGGAAGGAAGGACGGGCUUGUGUUUAUUUCUGUGAUUGUUGAGUGUUGUACGUGUGGUCAUCAGUGAGUGAGCUCAUUCACCAGUGUGAUCUCUCCUGCGUGCGCGCACGUGUACGUGCCUAGCUGUGCGUGAAGUGUAUUUCGAUGUGUUCCAAGGAUGAUAUCCCUUGAGGAGUUAACUUUUCCUAGACGUACUUCCGGCUCUUGGCCCGAGGAAUUAUCGAGUUGACUUCAUGUCUGAUGACUGCACAGGUCCAGUGAGUCUUUGGGACUAUGACAAGAUGGAAGGACGGAGGAGGGGGAGGAGGACCGACUGCAUGUCCCGGGGUGCCCUCUGCUGGGGAUGGACAUUGGUCAUCUUGUUGCUGUCCAUGGAGACCAGAGCCGUCUACGCCCUGGAUAUGUGGUGGCAACUCGGAGUACAAGGGUUUGAGACCUGGAAGAACCCUCAGAUGUUUAUGCUCGGGGCACACCCAAUCUGCACACAGCUGAAGGGCUUGUCUGGCGGACAGGUCCGGUUCUGUCAGCUGUACCACGACCACAUGCCCAGCAUCGGCCGUGGAGCCAAAAUGGGAAUAGGCGAGUGCCAGUGGCAGUUCCGGCUCAGGCGAUGGAACUGCAGCACAGUGGCCGACUCCUCUGUGUUUGGGCCUGUCAUUAAAAUAGCCAGUAGAGAGGCAGCCUUCACUCACGCUAUCUCAGCCGCUGGGGUCGUGCACGCCGUGAGUCGCUCGUGCCGGGAGGGAGACCUCAACAGUUGCGGCUGUAGCCGCGCCCGGCGACCCAGGGACCUCCACAGAGACUGGAUCUGGGGUGGCUGCGGCGACAACAUCGAGUACGGGUAUCAGUUUGGCCGCGCCUUCGUGGACGUCAGGGAAAGGGAGAGAAACCACCCGCGGAAUUCUCGGCCCCUGGCGCGCAUGCUUAUGAAUCUGCAUAAUAAUGAAGCUGGUAGAAAGGCGGUGUACAACUACGCCAAAGUCGAGUGCAAGUGUCACGGCGUCUCCGGCUCCUGCGCCCUCAAGACAUGCUGGCAGCAACUGCCCAGCUUCCGGGAGGUGGGCGACAGACUACGAGACCGUUACGACGGCGCCACCGAGAUCAAAUUCAACUCGCGCGGUUUGAAACUCGUGCGCAAGAAUAAACGCUACAACAAACCGUCGAAAGAGGAUCUUAUCUACCUGGAUCGAUCGCCCAACUAUUGCCUGGCCAAUGGGGAGACGGGCUCUCUGGGCACCGUGGGUCGCAUGUGUAACCGGCACUCGGCCGGUAUGGACGGCUGUAACCUCAUGUGUUGCGGACGUGGAUACAACACGUUCAAGAGGAAGCUGGUCGAGCGCUGUCACUGCAAGUUCCACUGGUGUUGUUUCGUCAAGUGUAAGACUUGUGAGCGGAUAGUGGACGUACACACGUGCAAGUAGGUAGGUGAACGCCCGCUUGUGGGGUUCGAACCUCGGACUCUGAUGGGUCGGGAAAGACCAGGCAUCUACAAGAGUUGGACUUUGUAUCAUCCACGAUGUGUCGUCAGCCGUUUUGUACCGCAAGAUGGAGAACUAUUCCCAGGCCUGGUUCGUCUGUUGAUGCUGCGCUGGCCUGGCGAAAUCAUUUCGCUAAUGUUCAGCAUUACAAAUAGACCUGUUGGCAUCAUGAGCUCUGAAGUUCAACACAUUGAGACGUCAUCUGUGCGGAGCGGGGUUUGAGGGUGUGCUUUGAACCUAGCCGUCAACACACUUAUCGUUAUGUGUGGACAGUUGUUGACAAUGUAGACCUGUGGUGGUCUCAAUGAGUUCGCGGUCAGAGCCCUUUGCAGGCCAUCAAAACCAGCCACAUCAUUAAAAACGUACUUGGACUCCUGCAGUGUUUCUGCUCCGCCAACCUGAAGUGUGUCAUCCUCAGACAACACUCGUGUUUUCUCUCUUCUGUCACACUGAACUCCUAAGCGAAGAUUCUGUGUGUGGCGGUUAACGUUGCCAAACGUUGUUGACGCCAGAACACGUCGGUCCACAGAGUCCAAAGAACACAUUCUUUGAUCAUAUUUCUGUAGCGCAGCACAACCAUCUUAAAAAACAUGGACGUUUUAGAGAAAACCCAAGAUCAUUCUAUAGAUUUCUCGGGACAUUCUAAUGAAGAACUCCGAACAAACCCUGUUUGUAAAGGGUUUUUUUUAAAUCGAAGAAAAUGUUAGUGAUAUUGUGUUGCAUUUUCCCGAAACACAUCCAAUGUUUGUGUUCUAGCUACUAAAUGGUCACCUCUUGGUUCUCACAGUUUUCUUUUUACCAAGCUCGUGCCAAGAACUGGAUUCCUCUUUUUUUACUAGCCCUUACGGAUACACCAUUCAUCCUAAAAGCAUUCUGUUUGCUUUUCCCAACCAAAGUGUUCGAAACAACGACUGUUGCGAGAUUAAAAAGGUUUUGUCUAGCUUUCUUUGUCCCUAUUAAUUCGAUAAAAUGUCUGAAAAAACAAUGUCUCAUUUUGCCGAGUUGAUCGUCGUCGUCACCAUCGUGCGUGUCUUCCCUUGAGAAUUCUCCCUAAAUUUACAUCUAUGAACAUUGGGAUACAAAGAGGGUCCCAUUGCUACAAGAAAGGCGCUGGACCAAGGAGUGAUCCUGUGGACAGUCUGGGAAUCACAACGAUUUGGCAGACUUGUUAACCACCUUGAAGAAACGAGUGUUUUGCUUGUGAAGUCUGUGAGGGGCCGGAACUCAAUGAGCUCUUGUUUGAACUCUGUAAACGAGGUCACGGGUCCGGCAUUUCUGUGACUUUUGACUGAAUAAGUAUACAUAAUAUUACAAUAACAUGAUAUGUCUAACGAUCUAGGGUUCACUUAUAGUAGCGGUACCUCGCGCACGUGUAUAUUGUCAAUGUAAUGUAAUGCGUAUCGUUCCCACAUAUUAUAUUAUAUUUGUAAUUAUUUCAACACCCUGUGAUGUCAAUAGAACAUGCUACGUUCAUCUCAUGUCAUUCCCAGUCAUCUGCCCCCUUCCCCCUGAUUCCCGCCAAAGUCCUCACUGCUCCACAAACCGUUAUGCUCACAGGUAAAAGGUUAACUCACAAGAAGUCAAAAGUUGAAGCGUUUAAAUCGUUACCGAAGUGAGUUUAGUUGAUGAAGAAACUUUCAGGAAACUACAUUUGCGACUAAGAAGUUAAUAAUACAAUGAUGAGCAGUACCCGAUAGAAUAUCUACUGCUUGGAAACGAAGUACAGACCUCAAUAAAAACAACAGAAGAUAUCGCAGUUGCUCUUUUUGUAUAGAAAGUUACCAAGACUCGGUGGAUAUUGUCAUGACUUAGACGUCAUAGUUGAUUUCAUCUUUGAGAAAAGAUAUUUGAAGGGUCUUUGAAGAUCCCUCAUCCUCUCUUCAGCGUCAGGUUGGGGCUAAGCAGUUAAAAAAGAUUUACCUUACUUUGAACACUCUCCUUUGAGGUGUCAAAAACUUACUUUUAUCUUAAUAUUUUUCUCAAUAUCUUACCAAAACUAACGAAAUUAGGUCAAAAUCGAAAAACUCGAAGUCCAUUCCUUUGCGCAUGCGCUCACACUGGAGAGAAAAAGCAUACACACAAGUGUCCACCAAUAGAAUGUUCAAUAACUUGGCCUGCAGUGCAGCUUUCUCAAGAGUUGUCAUUUUUUCCCACGACGUUAUGAAAAGAUAAUGUCAAAGUGGCGUUUGUUCUUGUGCUCUCAAGGUACGGAAUUUGAAUUUUGAAAGUACAAUUAAUGUAUUCCUUUCUGAAACCUUCCACGUUCUUGUGACUGGAGUGUACAAAGCCUUUUUCACAACCAACAUGCCACAGUGGAGCAGAGGAUUCCAUGCACCAUUUUUAUUCGUCCACCAUUCUUAGUCAUGCUAUAAUUAAAUAGUAACAUGUAUGUAUGCAUACAAGCUAUAACAAAUGGGUAUCAUAAUAAUUAUAAUAAUAUUUAUAGAUGGCAUUCGUUGUACAUAAUGACUUUUUGUUGGGGGAAGGAGUUGUCACAAGAUAAAAGUUUGCGAAUGUACUGUGCAUAGUAUAAUUAUGAUCAAAUAAUAAUUAUGUCUCCUAUCUCGCUGUGUCUAGCUGUCGUGUAUUGUAAAUAUUUGCUGAUUUUUAAGAAAGAAUUGUACAAAGACACGCUGUAUGAUACUCACAACAAGAAGAACAAAGUUGUUAUUAUUAACAUUUGGCAUGUGAAUAGUGUUCUCGUGUAAAAGAGUGCUGCCUCACGUUGGACUGUCGUCAUCCCGAGUGCAGUCGGCGAAACCUGUAUGCAUGUCGCAACGAUUGACUAUUGCUUCGAGGGAUGAAUACAUUUUUGAAACUAUUGUUUGUUUUAUCUGAAGAGUUUACAGUGGUAUAAGAGAGGCUAGAAAGAUUUUACAUUGUAUUUGUUAUACUCAAAGCUGGCUAUGAGAUGGGUCUACCUCAAGGAUUUACUAUGCCUGCCUGCUUAUUUGUUAUCGAUCUGCCUGUAUGUCUGUCUCUUUCUCAUCGUUCCCAUAUUCCCCCCCC